CCUCCAUUGAUCAAAUUACAAAUUAAUAAUUCAUCAUUACAGCCUGCUUUAGCUGCUCUUUCUUUUUCUCUCCUCCGUUGAUAAAAUUACACAAAUUAAUAAUUCAUCAUUACAGCCUGCUUUAGCUGCUCUUUCUUUUUCUCUCCUCCGUUGAUACAAUUACAAAACAACAAUACUGCAGAACCUCUCUGCUGCUGUUCUCUUCCGCUUUGAUACGAUUCCAAUCAAUAGUACGGUCUGUGUGGGAGUGAGGAGAAAUGGGUAAUCAUUUGAAGGAAUUAUGGAGCAAGAAGACAUUGUUGAGUUUGGGGUUGGGACAAUUUCUGUCCCUUCUUAUCACCUCCACCGGUUUCUCAUCCUCUGAACUUGCCAGAAGAGGAAUUAAUGUCCCCACUUCUCAAUCUUUCUUCAAUUAUGUGCUCUUGGCGUUGUUCUAUGGAGCCAUAAUGAUAUACCGGAAGAAGCCGCUCAAGGCAAAGUGGUAUUAUUAUGUCAUUCUUGGGUUGAUUGAUGUGGAGGCUAAUUAUCUUGUGGUGAAAUCUUAUCAGUACACAUCCCUAACAAGUGUCAUGCUACUGGAUUGUUGGGCAAUUCCUUGUGUUAUGCUUUUUACCUGGAUUUUCUUGAAGACAAAAUACAAAAUUGGAAAAUUUUUUGGUGUUUUUAUUUGUGUUGCUGGUCUUGUGCUGGUGAUAUUUUCAGAUGUACAUGCAGCAGACAGAUCAAGUGGGAGCAACCCCAUCAAGGGAGAUAUACUUGUAAUUGCUGGAGCCACAUUAUAUGCUAUAUCUAAUGUCAGUGAGGAAUUUUUUGUUAAAAGUGCUGAUAGGGUUGAACUCAUGGCAUUUUUGGGACUCUUUGGUGCCAUUAUUAGUGCUUGCCAAAUAAGCAUAUUUGAGCGCAAUGAAUUGAAAUCUAUUCAUUGGACAACGGGAGCGACACUUCCUUUUUUUGGAUUUUCACUGGCAAUGUUUUUAUUUUACUCAGGAGUUCCUGUCUUACUAAAGAUUAGUGGCUCCACUAUGCUGAACCUGUCCUUGCUUACAUCAGACAUGUGGUCUGUUUUUAUUCGUAUUUUUGCAUAUCACGAAAAGGUUGAUUGGAUGUACUAUGUAGCUUUUGCUGCUGUUGUAGUUGGACUAAUUGUUUAUUCUGGGGCUGAUAAAGCAACUGAGGUUGCUCUUGAAGGUGUUGAACAAAGCAAGCGAUUCGACGAGGAGGUUGGCUCGGACAACUUGAUCCAGAAAGAUGCCACUGGAGCUAGCUAGCAGUAGUAAGCAUGAUUUUGCUUCAACUAGCAGCAGGGUAACAUUCGGCGCUAGAAGCAGUAUAGAGAUAUCAGAAAUGAAACAGAAGGCGGGAAUUUUUAAUUUUUUUUUCUUGGUUUAGCUUUUAGGCCUAUUGAUUAAAUUUGGUUCACCCCUUCCCGUUUGAAGUAAAAUAAUGAAAUCUUGUAAAGUAAAAGAAAGAUAGUCAUUGGCUCAUUGCUGAUGAGUUGAAAUUGCAUUUGCAAAGCUUCAUAGUGUUAUGUACAAGGAUCCGAGUGCUUAGGGAAGAAAUUUGCUAGAAAAUUAUUG